GUACUUCGAAUUUCGUCGACGCUCGGCGGAGGUCGGGGGUGUUCGGUGCGUCGCUACCGGAUCGGCAGCUACGGUUUAAAUACCUCUCCCCGUCCGGUUCGGUCCGGUCCGACAUGGCUGACUCUGUCCGCAUCUUUCCCCCCCUCUCCAUCUCCUCCUUAUUCCUCGCGCUGCUGUCUCUUCCCGCCGCCGGGUCCGCACGCAGGGACGUGCUGGAGCUCGGGGACGCAGACUUCGACUACCUAGCAACGGAGCACGAGACCAUGCUGGUGAAAUUCUAUGCUCCAUGGUGUGGUGUCUGUAAGAAAUUUGCUCCAGAGUUUGAGAAAGCAGCAACAAAACUGAAGGGAGCAGUUCAACUGGCAAAGGUGGACUGUACAGCCAACUCAGACACCUGCAGUCGUUUUGGCGUUUCUGGAUACCCAACUCUGAAGAUCUUCAGGAAUGGACGAGAGUCCACCCCCUAUGAUGGACCACGCUCUGCAGAUGGAAUCUACCAGUACAUGAAGAAGCAGACCGGUCCAGACUCAGUCCACUUGAAGACUGAAGAAGACCUGGAGAACUUUGUCAACCACUAUGAUGCCAGCAUCGUAGGUGUUUUUUCAGAUCUUCACACCUCUCGGUUGCCGGAGUUCCUUAAGGCUGCAGGACUGCUCCGAGAACAGUUCAGGUUCGCUCACAGCAGUAACCUGAACCUGGCCAAGAAGUAUGGAGCAAACUCAGAUUGUGUACUGUUGUUCAGACCUCCCAGACUGUCUAAUAAGUUUGAGGACAGUGUUGUCGUCUUCACCGACUAUCUGACCAUCGGUUCACUGCGACGCUUCAUCAGAGACCACAUUUAUGGUCUGUGUCCUCACAUGACCCUGGAGAACAAAGACCGUCUGAGGGUUCGUGACCUGCUGACAGCGUACUAUGACCUGGAUUACCAUCGCAACGUCAGAGGAUCCAACUACUGGAGGAACAGGGUGAUGAUGGUGGCCUCUAAAUACCUUGGACGGGGCCUGACCUUCUCAGUAGCCAAUAAAAAGGAUUUCCUGGCUGAGCUGGAGGACGACUUUGGUUUGGGGACGUCGGAUGGAGGAGAGCUGCCAUUUGUCACCAUCCGAACCAAAUUAGGCCAAAAGUACACCAUGAGGGAGGAGUUCACGAGAGAUGGUCAAUCACUGGAAAGGUUUUUAGAUGAUUACUUCUCUGGUCGGCUCAAACCCUACAUCAAGUCAGAACCUGUACCUGAGAGGAACACUGCUGCCAUUAAGGUCGUAGUGGCUGAGUCAUUUAAUGACAUUGUUAAUGAUCCUCAAAAAGACGUCCUGAUCCAGUUCUACUCACCAUUAUGCCCUCACUGCAAGAAACUGGAACCAAUCUACAGAGAGCUGGCUGAAACGCUCGCUGAUGACCCAAACAUGAUCAUUGCCAAGAUGAACGCCAUGGACAAUGACGUCCCACUGGGCUACGAUGUCCAGGGAUAUCCAACCAUCUAUUUUGCUCCUGUUGGUAAAAAAAGUGACCCAAUACGAUAUGAGGGUGCCCGGGAGGUCAAAGAGCUGUUGAAAUUCCUGAAACGGGAGGCAAGUCGAAGUCUUGUGAUCCACGGGUCAAAGGAUGAGCUGUAAGGCUGAUGGACCGACGGUCUCUAUGACGACCGUUUGAACCCGAAUCAGGGACAGGAAGUGACUGCUGAUUGGUUUACAAAAUAAAACAUCAGCCAUGAUGUCACGAUCUGCUGCAGGCAUGUGACUGUCAGCUGAUCCUUUUUAUUUUGUUUGUUAAUUUAUUUAUUUAUUUAUUUAUUUUCCAUUUUUAUACAUGAUAAUGUUAGUCUGAAAGACAUUCUGGGAAAUGUAGUGUCAGUACCACCCUUGAAAUAAUAAAAUGUAAUCUAGUAGGAGAUUUAUACAGAAACUGCAUUCACGAAAGAAAAAUAAAAUGCAGAUACCUUAUACCCUAACUAGAAAACUAAAAAGAGGACAUAAUUAAUAUAACAUGCAAUCUAUUCAAAAAAGUGUCGAAUCUUU